AUGUCAACAAUGCCCCAGGCGGAGAAACCAUCGCAUAAGCGUCCAGUGAUGGAGAAAGGAGCUCGUAAACGCGUCAAAAUUAGCACAGAAGAGCGUCCAUCUCUGACACAAAUGCUGUCCAGGCAGUCGGGACUGGCAUCACCGCUAUCUCUCUCCCAAACAUCCGACAAAUCGACUGUAUCAUUGGCGAGGCUUAUCGUACUACAAACGGUUCAACGAGCAGUAAAACCGAAAGAAAAGACGCAACAAAUACAACAAAAUCAGAUUAUGAAUCAAUGUACGAUGGCGAUACAGGACGUCAUCUUUCAAUUGUCGACGAAACGUCGAGUGACGAUCCGCAAGUGGAAAAGUAUGAAGUUUGUGGACAUUCGUGAGUUUUACGAUGAGCAUGGAAAUACAAAACCUGGAAAAAAAGGACUUUCAUUGGUACCGGAUGAAUGGAAGAAGCUUUACAAUUUCUUUGAUGCAGUUACAGAAGCAAUUGAAUUAGUAGAGGAAAACCAAGUUGGGAUGAUUGCUUCUCUCAAUGAUAUUCCUGGAUGUAUUUUGAAGCCAAACGGAGAUGUCCGAGCUAUUGCGUUACCGUUGUCUAAUAAACGACGUAUUACUGUUCGUUACUUUCGCAAUGGGGUUUUGAUUGAUCUUCGCGAGUUUUACGAGCAAAACGGUAUGUCAAAACCUGGCAAGAAGGGUAUCUCGCUAUCAAAAGACCAGUGGAUGGCGCUACAAGAGAUUGCGAACGAGAUUACUAAAGCAAUUGACAGCUUAUAA